ACACGAAUGCCACAAGUUUUUUUCAUUCAAAAUUUGAACUCACUAGCGGACGGACCGUGCGUGUCGCUGCUCUUCGCACGUCAUUGUCAUCGUAAAGUUGAUUAAGAUCGAAGUCGCACUCGUUCUCGUUCGCAGUAAAACAAACAGUGAACGAAUCAAACAGUGUAAACACGGAACCGGAACGAAACCGGCCGUCCCAACAUCUCAAGUCCCAUCGUGCCGCGGCGUUUCGGGAAGCGAGAUAAGGAGAAAAGCUCCGGUGCAUCACGUUGCACUUCUCGGUGGCAAAUUGUUUAGUGCAAUUUCUUCCCCAAAGGUACACAAAAUUUUCGUCCCACCAUCGGAAUCGCAACUAGCGGACCUGUUAAUCCGGCACGCUGCUGUGUGUGUGCGUUGGUGUGAGUGAGAAAACAUCAAAGCAAAGCAUAUUCCUCCCCCGAAAUACAUAACCAGAGAGGACCCAGAGCACAAGGGCAACUCGCUCGUGCACACGAAUCGCAGCAAACCUUGACCUUUGGUGUGUCGUAAAAAAGCGCUCUGGUGCAUUUCGGUCGAAGCUUUUCUGCUCAGAAGAAUCGGUGAGCUUUUUCUGAUCGUUGGACAACAUGCUGGAGGUACUGGAUCCAGACAUUGUCGGCGAAGUGCAUCUCACCCGUCCGGCCACGGCAGCCACUACCCGGUCCGCGCUGGAAGCGAUCAAGAAAAAGUUUGAACUUGCAGCUGCCGCCGCCAGUGCCGACCUAAGCGAGAAGCAUCUGCUGGAGAAGGGAAAGGAAACGAAGUCGAAGGUAGUUGGGUCGGGCGGAGAUCCAUCGACCCCGGACGGAACCGGCCCUUCGCCGGCCAAACCUCCCCCGGCCAGUGGGUUGAUUGAUUCCCGUGGGUGCGCCAAACCAGCCAAGAAGGUAAUUAUGACUGAAGAUGAUGUAAAAGAUGUAUUCCAGUGAUAGGUUUAACGCCUUCUGAUUGGAUUAAUUUCUCCGCGCUUCCCAUCGUUUGGAUUUUGUUUGGAACUUUGGAGAUGUUGUUUUGUUGUUACUGUAAACUUUUGUUUCCAUUCCCUUCUUCGAGUUGCUAUUUUUCUUGUUGCUAUUUUGGCAAUGCUUUUCGAUGUUUCGGGAGGCAAAGCGCCGGCACACACGCCCGCAAGCACGCAUUAGGUCUGGAGGGUCUUUGCAAUACCGGGCGCCUCCCUUAAUCACCUCUCCCCAUGAGCACGUGAGAAGGUGAAGAGGUACAAGGCAAGACAAGUGGCAAAAAAAAACAAAGCGCCAAAUGACUGAGAAACGGCGAACCUUUCCCCAUUUCAUGCCCGUUCAUCUUUGAGGGGGAAAAAACACUCUCUAUAACCUCUAUCCCUUCUCUAGAGCGGUCUUUUCUUAGCCCGAAGCAAGGCCUCAGGAGAGAAGAGUCGGCUCAUUUCCUUCCCAGGUAUCUUUGCCCUUCCUCCCCCCUCACCGGGUCAGUCAGUCCAUGUACCGUCUGGAGGAUCGUUUGGCUAGUUUGGUCGUUAAUCAGUAGCGCACGUAGUUUCUCAUCAUCACGCGGAAACCGACGUGUCGAAUUAGAGGAACGAACUGCCCAAAAGCUGCGCCAUCUCCAACCCCUCUAUAGAGGUGAAGGGGGGUGGGAGGAAGAGGGGGAGGGCGAAGAUUAACGGGAAUGUCUCACAGAGAGCACGUCCGAUGCUGUUGUGUUGCUCCACGCCGCUACUAAGCAGCUCAUCAUCAUCACCAUCACCAUCAUCUUCAUCAACGCCAUCAAUCGAGUUAGCUGGUGUGUCCGGGCUCGGAAGUAAAACACCAUCGAGCUCUGAUUUCACGAUUAAGUUCGGCGGAACUCGCAGCGAGUUCGUCGGGAAACUACGUGCCCUUUGUGAAGCGGGCGGUGUAACGGGCCUCGCCGGUAACGGAGGAGCAGGAGGCGGCGGAGGUUGUGGUGGGGCAGGUGGAGGAGGUGGCGUUGAAGAAAAGCGCAUCAGCAAAAGCACCGACGACAUUGCAGAUAGUGACGAGCGCGACAUGACCAACACACAGCUCUGGUUCCGCGGUGUCCGGCCAUCCAAGUUCCGGCACGUGUACGGUCUGCCAACUCGAAAGGAGUGUUGCUACACCGACAUCAGUGUGGUGCGCAGCGGCAACGAUGGGAACUUCUGUGCCGUCAAUCCAACGUUCCUGGCAAUAGUGGCCGACACGACGUUCGUUGUCAUUCCGAUCGCCACGACCGGCCGAAUCGAUUUCCAGUGCUGCAAGGUGAUUGGGCACGCGGGUCAGAUUCUCGAUCUGAAGUGGAAUCCCUUCGACGAUCACACGAUUGCGUCUGCAUCCGAUGAUUGUACGAUUAAAAUCUGGAACAUCCCGGAAGGAGGAUUGGCCAGCAACCUUACCAACUACGUGACGGAGUUGGUAGGCCACAAGCGCAAGGUGCUGCAUAUUGAAUGGCACCCAACGGCAUCGAAUGUGUUGCUGAGCGCCGGUUUCGAUCACACCGUGUGCGUGUGGGACAUUGGCAAUUCCGAACGUCCGCUGCUGAACGUCAUCGAUUGCCACGUCGACAUGAUCUACAGUCUCGCCAUCAACCGGGAUGGGUCGAUGAUUGCCACUACGUCGAAGGAUAAGAAGCUGCGCGUGAUCGAACCACGAAGUGGAAUCGUCGUCUCGGAGGGCAUCUGUCAUAUGGGCACCAAGUGUUCGAAAGCUGUAUUUCUGGACAAUGGACGCAUCCUGACGACGGGCUUUUCGCGUCAUUCGGACCGCCAGUACGCCGUCUGGGAUCAGCACGAUCUGAGGAAACCGCUCACGCAGGAGGUGAUCGAUAGCUCGAGCGGUAUCGUCACACCGUACUACGACUACGACACACGCAUGGUGUACCUAGCUGGCAAGGGGGAUGGUAACAUCCGGUACUACGAGGUGGUAGACGAACCGCCGUACGUGCACUAUCUGAACCAAUUCCUGUCCGGCCAGCCGCAGAAAGCUCUCGGCUUUAUGCCGAAGCGUGGCAUGAACGUACACCAGUGUGAGGUUUUCCGCUUCUACAAGCUGCAUGCGGCCGGUAACAUCUGCGAACCCAUCUCGAUGAUCGUACCACGCAAGUCCACAUUGUUCCAGAGCGACCUCUACCCGGACACACUAGCAAACGUGCCAGCGAUCGGCGCGAAGGAGUGGUUCCAGGGUCGCAACGUUUCGCCAAUCCUGAUGUCGAUGAAGACAGGAGAAUCGAUUAUGGAGGUGUCGAAUGGCAAAUCGAACCGAAGCAGCACGGAGUCAAAGAUUCAGCGAACACAUUCCAUCCAUCUAGCGAACGGAAACCAAACGAACGGAGGCACCAACACGAAUGGCCACACUGGACUAUCGAUUUCGAAUGGAACCGAUCGAAGCCACCAGCAGCAGCAGCAGCAAACCCACCAGCAGCAGCAGCACCACCACCACCAGAAUGGUACUUACGGAUCGAACCUUACCAAUGGCAACAACAACCAUCCCUUGAGCGUGAAACAACAGCAGCAACACUCGAUCAACAAAGAGAACGAGCUGCUGGACAACCGCAAGAUGGAUAACAAUACGAAGAAGUUUGCCUUCCUUUCGCAACCGACCAUUCCUGACUAUCGACCGCAAACGAUUAUCGAGAAAAGCCAGAAAACGUCCACCAACCAGAGUACAAAGUUUCACCAACUGCAGGCAAUCUUUGGACAGCAGACGACAAACCACAAGGACAUUGCCAACCUGCAAAACAAUCUGCUCAGCAACUCGCGCAACAGCUCCCGGAACAGUUCGCUCGAAAACAUUAAUCUGCUAAACUCGGAAAAUGAGCUCCGGAAGGCAUUCAACAAGCAAACGGACGAAAUCAAGAGUCUACGCAAAACGCUUAACCUGUCCGAGAAGCGUGUGCGCGAGCUGGAAGCGGAAGUGAAGCGGCUACAGCAGCAACUGAAGCAACACCAAUAAUUCCGUCGCACAAGAAGAGAGGAGGAUGCGGAUGAGAUGCGGGCGAGAGAUAUAUAUUACACAUUGUGAUUGGCAUUUGUGAUCGUUUCGGAAAAGCGGCAGUUUUGCGGUAGUAUUUUUUCUUGUGUUUUUAUCUCGCUCUCUCUCAUUAUUAAAUGAAUGUUUGUGUGUGUGUGUUUUUUGUGCGGAACGUCGAUAAGCGUUCGUUACGGCGAUGUUUGCCGUAUUUGUGGCCGUACGCUUCUUGGCGUGAUCGAGUAGAGAGGAUAGCUUAAGCAAGUAAGAAGCAAGUGUGAUGGACGGGAGAGGAGGUACACGAUGGAAGUUACCAAUGCCACCGCACAGUAUCAUCAUUGCUGGAUUUAAAGCACAAUACAGCAGGAGAACAUUAUGUUGGAUAGAGAAGGAGAACGUACGCGCGGCCAAACGCUUCCUACUAUCUACCGAACGCUGCUGCCACACACUGAUAUACUUACACUGUAUGUGCGUAACAAUAAUUGCUUUUAACGAUUCGACUUACGAAACGAAACGAAACGAUGAGCUCUCGGGAAGGAGGCAACGUACAAUUAAAUGCCUGCACAAUUAUGGCAAUAGUAGCUUUGAAUGCUUAUACAGCCGAAGGAUACGGGCGUACGCCCGUAUGUACCCGUAUUGCGUGUGUAUUAGUUUUGUGUGCAAUUUAUAUUCCCACUGUCCCCUGCCUUCGCUGGUACUGUCCCGUAAGGAGUCUUUUACCUUGACUAAGCGCAUUAGUGAAGUCUACACUAAUACAUUGUUAAUACAAUAUUUCCGCUACGCUCGCUUACAAACAACACACAUGCAGACCCAGACCCGGAGAUCCCUUGUGCACAGGGAUCUCUUUAUAUUCUCUCUUUUUGUGGAGAAGCAUUUAUCUCUUUCGCUCCGAUGGAAAUAGUAGUAUCAGCGGUACACGUAAACAAAGACGUGCGUUAAAAAGAGAUAGGGAGCGCCACUUGCGGCAAAAAGACAAGCAUUUUGGUUUUUUCCAUUCCUCAAACGUAAAAAACGAUAAUAUAUUUUUAAAGUUCUUAGUAUACCGAUCAAGUGGAGCAAAAAGAGAAUUCCUUUUUUUUUGUUGUGCUGUUUGCAAUAGAUUGUGUGCAUGAUAGGGUAGGGUGAGUGUGCUUUUGUGUAAGAAAAGAAGAAAUGUGUGAGCGUCAUGAAGUGAGAUUGAGUGCGUAAUUUAACGAAAUGCUACAAUUGAGGAUCAAGCAAAUCCCUUGCUAAAGAAUGUGAAACGCUACAGCCAACCAACUUUGGGCCCGCCUGCAUUAGAUGGAGCAAUUGCAUGGAGCAAAAUAAUUAUGGAAACGAACAAAACCAAAA